CGCACUGCAGCCGAUCCUCCGGUUUCUGCCUGCACUGCCACGUUAGUAGCGGUAGACACAAAAUACCUGCUACUAUCCCAACCGCUAAAGAAGGGAAAAACACACACCGAGACGAAUUUCUCCACUAAUCCGCAAACGACCGUGUGCGCAGCUUAUUCCUUCUUGUCCCGGUUCAAAAACUCGACGGUGAUUAUGUUUAAGUUGUUGCUUCUAUGCACACUGGCUGUAGCCAGCAGAGCUGAGAUCGCAGAGGAAGAAGACGUUCUGGUGCUGAAGAAAAGUAACUUCGACGAGGCUCUUCAAGCUCACCCCAACAUCUUGGUUGAGUUCUAUGCACCAUGGUGCGGCCACUGCAAGGCUCUGGCUCCAGAGUACGCCAAAGCCGCCGGCAUCCUGAAGGCAGAGGGAUCAGAGCUCCGUCUGGGAAAAGUGGACGCAACCGAGGAGACUGAGCUUGCCCAAGAGUUUGGCGUCCGGGGAUAUCCCACCAUCAAGUUCUUCAAGGGAGGAGAUAAAGAGUCUCCAAAAGAGUACUCUGCUGGCAGGCAGGCAGAUGACAUCGUCAACUGGCUGAAGAAGCGAACGGGGCCAUCCGUCGCUACCCUGAACGAGGUCACUGAGGCUGAGGCUCUGAUUGCUGACAAUGAGGUGGCAGUCAUCGGGUUCUUUAAGGAUCUUGAAUCUGCUGGAGCCAAAGCUUUGGAAAAAGCAGCUGAAGCCACAGAUGAUGUCCCCUUUGCCAUGUCCUCCAGCGAUGCCGUUUUCGCCAAGUUUGAAGUGUCCAAGGACAGCAUCGUCCUCUUCAAGAAGUUCGAUGAAGGCCGUAAUACCUUCGACGGAGAGCUGACCAAGAAGGAGCUCCUGGCUUUUGUCAAGUCCAACCAGCUGCCUCUGGUCAUCGAGUUUACCGAGCAGACUGCUCCUAAAAUCUUUGGCGGAGACAUCAAGUCCCACAUCCUCAUGUUUCUGCCUAAAGCUGCUUCAGACUUUCAGGGAAAAAUGGACCAGUUUAAAAAAGCUGCUGAGGGCUUCAAGGGCCAGAUCCUGUUCAUCUUCAUCGACAGCGACAUCGACGACAACCAGCGCAUCCUGGAGUUCUUCGGCCUGAAGAAAGAGGAGUGUCCCGCCAUCCGCCUCAUCACCCUGGAGGACGAGAUGACCAAGUACAAACCAGAGAGCGGCGACAUCACAGCAGAGAGCAUCACGGAAUUCUGUAAGGCGUUUGUUGAAGGCAAACUAAAGCCACACCUCAUGAGCCAGGACAUCCCUGAGGACUGGGACAAAACCCCCGUCAAGGUCCUGGUGGGCAAAAACUUUGAGGAGGUCGCCUUCAAUCCCUCAAAGAACGUCUUUGUGGAAUUCUAUGCUCCUUGGUGUGGCCACUGUAAACAGCUGGCUCCCAUCUGGGAACAGCUGGGUGAGAAGUACAAGGACAGCGCCGACACUAUCGUGGCGAAGAUGGACUCCACAGCCAACGAGAUUGAGUCGGUUAAAGUUCAUAGCUUCCCAACUCUGAAGUUCUUCCCCGCAGGAGAGGAAAACAAGGUAAUUGAUUAUAAUGGAGAGAGAACGCUGGAGGGUUUCACCAAGUUCCUGGAGAGCGGUGGUAAGGAGGGUGGUGCCCCAGCAACAGAUGAUGAUGAUGAAGGAGAGACAGAGGAGUUGGAAGAUGUAGAUGAUGAUUCCGAUUUGGAAAACGGAAGCGAUGAUGAUGGACACGACGAGUUGUAAGCGCUGUAGGAGGGGAGCGUGCUAGAGGAGACCCACCCCAACUUUUCCAACCAGUCACCAUCACCACCUUCACCUCCCUGUGGGCCUUCUCUGUCCUGUGAACAUUAACCUUGAACAGCCUCUACGUCGGGCCAUCAGCGGCUUUCCAAACCACCACCUUGUCGACCUCCAGUUUCCGGCUGGACUGGUCUUGUCCCUCCUGGGGGAGAAGAGUUGUGUUUGGAACAGUGCAUCACUUCUGUAAAAGACAUCAAUGCCUUCUUCUGCAAGGCUCCACAUCAGCUGUUUGCCUUGUUUUCUUUAGACCAAAUGUUUAAAACAUGGCAUUGAGGUCCAGAUUUUGAAAUGUUAGUUUUGCAGAUGAGUUUGUUUGUUCCCCUCUAAAAAAAGAAAUUGGUUCUUUGCUUGUUGGGGGGGGGGGCGUGGCUAGUGUUCGUUCCCUCCUAAAAAGAAUAACCAGAGGACCAGUGAUUUUUGUGGGGGGUGUUGUAAGGACUGAUCUCUCAGGGGACAUGGGGGGGGGGCCCAUUCUUUACCCUUUUAUUUUUGCCUUCCUUUAAAACCCCGUUUCCACUAACGUAACUGCAGUUUUAUUCCGUGUAGCACAAAGAGCCCCCACCUAUCUGUAGAUGAGAUGAGUUCUUUCCUUCAGUAAAGGGAGUGUUUAGUUUUACCAUCUCCAUUCCCCCAAAACGUCCCUUCACCUUGUUUCAGCUCAGCUACUGACUUCUCUGAAACAGUCAGUGGUUUGUUUUGACUAAAAUCCUCUUUUAUUUAAUUUGUCACAUUGAAGUUUUUAUUUUUUGUAAUUUUUGGAUUUGCAUUAUUUUUUUAUUGUAUCAUUUGUGCCCGGCUGUGUUCAUUUGGCACUGUUGGGACUAAGAUGGCCCCCCCCGGGAACACUGACCCGAUUGGUGUUUCAAAGCCAGUUUUGAUGGGUCGCACUGCGUUCAUGCCUAAUCUGAGAUUCACUGUGGUUACUGCAGCAGAUGGUUUGGUGUCUGUUUUAAAUCUGAAGUGGGGAGGGAACAGUUGCACAGCCCCACCCCUCACCCAAAACUGUCACCUCCCGUGUCCCUGUUUUGGCUCUAGCCAGCGCCCUUAGUGUGUGUGUGUGUGUGUGUGUGUGUGUGUGGGUGUGUGUGUAUGUAUGUGUGUGGGUGUGUGUGUAUGUGUAUGUGGGUGUGGGUGUGGGUGUGGGUGUGGCAUAAAGGGGGGUUGGUUGUAGAGCGGGACAAAAGGUGUCAGUCGAUCAGUGGUGGGAACUAACAAAACAUUCCUUCAUGUUCAAUUUGAUGUGAAAUGUAAAAUGGUGGCCAAUAAAAACAAUUUAAAAUA